AGAAUCAAGUUUUGAGUAUCAUUUACUCUCCCAACAGGAAGCUUGUACAGUGCUGAAUAACAAAAUCAAAUGGAGCACUCCGGGUACAUGUCACUGGCAGGUGACAGGCCAAGCAAGGAAAGUUGUUCGGGUCACCAUUCAGCAUUUCUUUAUUGAAGGAGACUGUCAAAGGAACUUCUUUGCUUUUUAUGAUGCUAUGGUGGGAGGAAAAUCCAGACUAAUUACAAGGGUCUGCUCUGGAAGCCAUCAUGUUCCUCUUCAAGCUUUCAGUGUUGUUUCUUCUGACAAUGUAAUGCUAAUAGUUUUCAACUCAGAAGUAAAGCAUUUGAAUGAAUUUGAAGCAACAAUCCAGUUUAUAGAUGAUUUUGGAUGUGGAGGCAGUAUAACCACUUACAAUGGAUCUCUUACAUCACCUUUUUAUCCUUCUUAUUACCCUCCGAAUCGAGAAUGUUUCUGGACAAUAUCGACUCCAGCUUCCUCUAUGAGGAUAAGGAUAAGAUUUCCAACUCUUAAACUGGAUGGGGAGCAGCCAGACUGUGACAAAGACUGGCUAUCGAUCAACAGAAAAAGAUACUGUGGUGAAAAUGUAAUGCCCCUGGUUGUGUCCAGCACCACUAAUGUCCUUACAGUUUAUUUCUAUUCUGAUUCAUCAAUAACAAACAGAGGGUUUCAGGCGGACUUUACAAGUUUUGAACCACUGGACACCUGUCCAGGAAUGUACACUUGUGGAGAUGGGUCUUGUGAACCCCUCAGUUAUAAGUGUGAUGGAUGGGAUGACUGUAGUGACCGAAGUGAUGAGCAGAAUUGCAGGUGCACAGCAGAGCAGUAUACCUGCAAGAACAGAUUUUGUAAACCAUUAAUUUACGUUUGUGAUGGAGAAGAUGACUGUGAAGAUGGAAGUGAUGAAUCAAACUGUGCAUGUCCUGCAGGGUAUUUUCUAUGCACAAGUGGUGAAUGCAUCCUCAGCACAUUUCUUUGUGAUGGUACAGCCAACUGCAGAGAUGAAAGUGAUGAAGCCAACUGUAUUGGAAAAGAGGUACGAUGCUCAGCUGUUUCCUACCAAUGUAGCAACAGAAAGUGCAUUGCUAAACCCAACGCAAGGUGUGAUGGCACAGUGGACUGUCCAGAUUCAAGUGAUGAACAAAAUUGUGAUUGUGGCAUUCGGCCUUUUCUGCAAAGCCGCGUUGUAGGAGGGCAUGAUGCGGAACCUGGAGAAUGGCCCUGGCAGGUGAGCCUUCAUUUCCAUCAGCGUGGACAUAUCUGUGGGGCAUCGCUAAUCAGUCACAACUGGCUCAUAUCUGCAGCUCACUGUUUCCAGGACACUGCACUGAACAGAUACUCUCGGUCAUCACUUUGGACUGCAAUAAUCGGGACACGAUCUCAGCAAUUGACUGAUUCUAAACCAGUCAUGAGAAAACUUAACCAUAUCAUUGCUCAUGAACGGUAUAAUGAUGUCUCCCUGGACUAUGACAUAGCUUUGCUGAAACUUGAUUCUCCUGUGGUGUAUAAUAAUUAUAUCCAGUCAAUAUGUCUUCCUUCUGCAACACACAUUUUCCCUGUUGGCCAAAGCUGUUUUAUCACAGGCUGGGGAAUACUCCAAGAAGGUGGAGCACUACCAUUAUUACUACAAAAAGCAGAAGUGAAAAUCAUCAACCAGACAGUGUGCAAUAUGUACUUGGGAAAAUCCCUGAGUGCAAGGAUGCUUUGUGCUGGCUAUCUUAAUGGUGGAAUUGAUGCCUGCCAGGGAGAUUCUGGAGGACCUCUAGUUUGUGAAGAACCCUCUGGACGGUGGUUUCUGGCUGGAAUUGUCAGUUGGGGUGAAGGCUGUGCUCGAUGGCACCGACCUGGAGUUUAUACCAGAUUAACCAAAUUCCAAGAGUGGAUAAAGCAAAUCACAGAAAUCUGAGCAAUGUGCAGUACAAUUGAUUUUUCUCAUCAUAUGCAAAACAGAAACACCCAUUUCAGAACGUCCCGUUCACUGAAGUUUUAGCUUUUUUUUUUUUUUUAUUAGCAUUUUUACUUGCCUGUCCAGCCUUAAGUGUGUGGGUGGCAAUAUCAGUGCACAGCUGAUGGAGUUCUAACUUGUUUGUGGACAGGCAGAUUUGCGCUGAUAUCCCAGUACAUUAA